AUAUUUUGCAAAAGGAGAAUUUGUACAAAAAGAAUUGGAUAAAUAAGGCUUAAAUGCAAGCCGCUUAGUCAAAAUGGAUCUGGUGGACAUCGAUCAGGUCCUGGACAAUCUGGAAGCAGAGCUAAAAGCGGAUGAGCAACAGAGCCGCAAUGCAGCCGCAACAGCAGCAGCAGCAGUUGCAGUCGCAGCAGCAGCCGCGAGUGUUGCAGCUGUGAAUGUGGGCGCUGGGGAGACACGCCCACUGGGCGAUGGCAGCGCUGGCGCAGCCAAAAAUUUUGUUGCCGUCUCUCAGGUGUUCAACAGCCUCAACGAUUAUCGCAACAAUGUAAAAUCACUCGAAACGGAGCUGGAAACCAGGGAAAGCUACGACUGGAAGCAGACAGCUGAUGAGCAGCAGCAGCAGCAUUCCAGGCAGCUGGAAGUUGUCGACGAUAAUGAUGAUGAAGAAGAUGAUGAAGUGGUCGAUGACGAUGAUGAUGUUGAUGUUGAUGAUGAUGAUGAUGAUGAUGCGCACGAGGACAUUAAAAAGUACAGCGAAGCGCAGGCAAAGCAAACGAGCAACAAUAACAAAUCUGGCGAGGAGCUAACGGUAUCCUCCUCCGAAUCAUUAACCACCUCCUCGUGCUCCACCUUCUCCUCGGGUCCCUCUCCGGGCAACAUAACCAACUCCGAGGAGGAGGAGGAGGAGCAGCAACAACAGCAGCAGCAGCUGCCCAAAGCAAAUAAUGGGGGAGAGCAGCAGGCGCAGGAGCAGGAGCCGCUAGUGGAAUCGAUUGCUGUGGAGGAUUUGGCAUUGGGUCUAUCCUCCAUAUCGAUAACCACAACGACAACAACAACAUCAGCCUCACCAUCCAUUUUGCCAGGCGAAGUCACAGCCAGCUCAGCUCUGGGCAAGGUGCUCAACGAGCUCUCAGCGGAGACGAGCACCGAACUGGACAUGCCCAGUCAACAGGCAGCCAAAAAGAAUCAUCUCCAUGAUGCAGAUGAUGAUCUGGAUACGAAUAAUUCACCAGUGGAGCCGGCGCCAACGUUGGAUGCAGCUUUGGGGCAACAACAACAGCAGCAGUUGCAGCCGCAGUUGCAGCAGCAGCAGCAGCGGGCGGGCGAGGAGGAGGAGUCACAGGAUGUGGCGCCAAAGCGCAGUCAACCUUUAACCUUCUGCUCGACCAUGGACGAAAUCUCGGACACGGAACUGGACAGCAUGCUGCAGGAAGUGGAGGCGGACAUUGAAGAGGAGCAGCACAUGGAGCAGCCAGCUGUGGCAACAACUCCAGCUGCUGCAACCAGCUCGAACACGAACUACAUCCACCAGGACAUGAUUAAAAUUGAGAAUGUUGAUGAGCCUGAUGUCGACGAUGAGCAUGCUGUGCUUGAGGAUGAGGAUGAGGAUGCUGACACUGGUGCCACGGCAUCGCCCGCAACGGAGGAGGAAUCGGUGCGCAUCUUGUCCGAGCAGGAGACCACAUCAGCGGAUCCUAUGAAUGUGGACAACUUCUCGCAGGCAUCCACUGUGGAAUUUGCCGAGCUGCGAGCACACGAAACGGCGGCGCCGGAGGAGGAGCAGGAAGGAUUGGCCUCACCGUUCAGUAGCAGUGCCAGCGAUACUGAUUCGCUAUCUGGGCGCAAACUGGAGGAGGAGGAGGUGGAGGUGGAGGAGGGAGUGGUGCAGCUGGAGGAGCAGGAGAUCAUUGGUCCCGAUACCGAGCAGCGACCACAGCGUCCACAGACCCUAGAUCUGAAUGGCGGCGGCUUUCAAACGAAUGCGGGACAAACACCUCCGCCACCAACGGCGGAUCAGGAUCAAGAUCAGUCACAGCAGCUGCAACAGCAGCAGCAGCAGCUGGCGGCAGGCGGAGAGGGUGCAGAGGUGGGUGCAGCGGAGGAGAAUGGCGACGACGGCGAGGCCGAUGAGAGUCCCAUCUAUGAGGCGGUUGGCUACAGCGAUCCGCAUGCCAAUCUGGGCAAGGUGCCACCGAUCUGGGUGCCCGACAACAUGGCCACGCAGUGCAUGCAGUGCCAGCAGAAGUUCACCAUGAUCAAGCGGCGCCACCAUUGUCGCGCCUGCGGCAAAGUGCUCUGCUCCGUCUGCUGCUCGCAGCGAUUCCAUCUGGAGUUCGCCAACGAGCCCGAGUCGCGCGUCUGUGUCCAAUGCUUCAUGAUACUCAGCGUACGCCAGACGGCCGCCAAUGGCAUCGGCGCUGGCAGUGGCGCUGGCAGCGGCGCUGGCGGCGAUGCUUGCAUCUCGGACAUCUAUGCCGGUGCCCAGCCAGCUGUGUUGCCGCCGACGCCGAUGCGCACUCCAAAUCCGAACAAUCCGAUGGAGUAUUGCUCAACGAUACCGCCACAUCGUCAGGUGGCGGAUGCCGCAGCUGCUCCGACGCCGAGCGUCAUUGUGCCCGUCGGUGUGCUGAAGAAGACGGAUGGCAGCUCCUCGAACUCGUCCAGCUCCGAUGGCAAGAAGGGUCGCAAGCGCAAGAGUGUCAUGUUCAGCGAUGGCAUCGCACCCGGCAGCGAACUGGCCAGCACCAUGGAGCAGCAGUGGGGCGAGGCCAAGCAGCCGCGUCGCGGUGUCCAGCGCAGCAGCAACAGCAGCGGCUCCUCCCAGAAGCCGCCCACUCCCGGCGCCUCCUCCAGUGGCAGUGGCAGUGGCAGUGGCAAUGGAGGCGCCAGCAGCGGCAGCAGUAUUGAUACCAACACCACCUUGGGCCUGGUCGCCCAGCUGUUCCGUGGCUCCAUACCGCCCACGGCAGCGGCAGCAACGCUCCAGGCAGCCACAGCGGGCAGCCAAGAGUCAAGCGCUGGUCGCAACACAGCGCAGAGUUCGCCGCGCCACAAAGUGGAGGUGCAACGGUCGCGCAAGUUGCCACCGAGCGAUGCACAGGGCUGCUGCAUACCCAGCGAGGAGAACUCGCUGCCACCGAUCUGUGUCGGCAGUCGCGAGGGCAGUAAUCUUAACUGUGAUGUGGAGUACAAGGAGGUGCGCAACGAUGCGGAUCUCAUCGAGCGUUUGCAACGCGAAACGCUCAAGUUCAUUCUGAAGAACAAUUUCUAUGUGCUCGUCAAGGUGGUCAACAUGAGUUGCUGCAUGAAUCGCUGGGUGCUGAACUUCACCACGUCCGGGCUGCAUCAUGUGGGCAACGAUGAGUUGAUCAUCUUGCUGGAAAUCAAGCCACCGCCGGCAGCGGCUGGUGCAUCGGUGCCGCGUGAUAUAUUCCAGCAUCUGUUCGAGAUCUAUGUGGAGGCGGAGUGUGCACGCAGCAGCACACAGGAGCUGGCGUUCACCAGUCCGCGGAAUGCCAACUUUUUGGGCUCACGGGAGCAUGGCGGCUUCAUUUACAUCCGACCGACGUAUCAGUGUCUGCAGGGCGUGAUUGUGCCCGAGAAUCCGUAUCUGGUUGGGGUGCUCAUCCAUCGGCACGAAGUGCCCUGGGCCAAGGUGUUGCCGUUGCGCCUUAUCCUGCGCCUGGGCGCCCAAUAUCGCUACUAUCCAUGUCCGCUGAUCUCGGUGCGCAAUCGUGAGUCCGUCUACGGUGAGAUUGCCCAAACGAUCAUCAAUUUCCUGGUCGAUUUUCGCAACUAUUCGUAUUCACUGCCCGCGAUACGCGGCCUCUACAUCCACAUGGAGGAGCGACAGACGACGGUGAUAAUACCGCGAUAUCGCCAGAACGAUGUCAUCAAGGCGAUCAACAAUGCCACCGAUCACAUCCUCGCCUUUGCUGGCAACUUCUCCAAAGUGGCCGAUGGCCAUUUGGUGUGCAUGCAGAACACCAACGAUGAUCGGUCCGAGAUGUAUGCCUAUUCCACGCAGGCAAUCAAUAUACAAGGACAGCCCCGUAAAAUAACCGGCGCCAGUUUCUUUGUGCUCAACGAGGCAUUGAAGAGCAGCAGCGGCCUAUCGGGCAAGUGCAGCAUUGUUGAGGACGGCCUCAUGGUCCAAAUUAUGCCCGCCAAAAUGGAGGAAGUGCGUCAGGCGUUGCGCAAUCAAACCGAUAUCGAAAUUGUCUGCGGUCCCAUUGCGGCCAGCGACGAACAGAGCGAAAUUGUCAGCAUCAAAUGGGUGGAUACUGAUCGGGAAAUCAAUGUGGGCGUCAAGUCGCCCAUCGAUGACAAGCCCAUGGAUGGUAUUGCCAACAUGCGUGUGCAUGCCAGCUUCAACUAUUCCAAUACCAAUUAUGCAAUACGCCUCAGCGAUAUAUUCAUUGUCAAAUGCGAAGAUUGGUAUGCCACAAAUGGCAACAACUAUGCGGAUAUCACGCGCAUCGCAGAGCAGCUGGCGAGAAGUGCUUCGAUGGCGCUGCUACCAUUUCUCGAUCUGCUCGCCGCGGCGGGCACCAACAAGCUGGCACUGCGCGCCACACUCGACCAGGAGAACGUGUGCUACGAGGCCGGUGCAAGGGGCAGCAAACUGCCGCCGCUUUAUAUGAAUGCACUCGAUAAUCAUCUGAUUGCCACGCUGCACGGCGAAUCGUCUGGCAUUCAGGAUCCUAUUAUAUUGGAACUGGUUUUCUACAUACUAAACGCCUAAAAGCCUUUGUGCAAUUACUGCUGCUGGAUCUUUAUGGAGCCACUCUCCCCACUCCCCACUAUCCCCUACGAUCGUAAAUUUCUAACCACGCCUAGCUCUGUAAGCCUUCCCCUCUCCACCCCUCUCCUUUACUCCUCAAUUAAUCGUUAUACGUAUUCUCCGCUGGCUGGUUUGCAAUGGGAGCGGAUGAUGCUGCAGUUACUGUAUAUAAUUAAUUAGUACAUGAUAAAUAUAUUAUCGGUGUUUUUC